CUUUGAUCUUCCUUUACAACGAAGCUUCAAGGAUUUCGCCGGUCGGGUCCUGAAUUUUAGUGAAGUGUUGUGCACUCUUGGUUGAAUCACUUCUUUAGGAUAUUCAAAAUGGCAAAGGUAGCAACUAGUGAAAAACAGCUCCAUUUCGUAGAAAACUUUGGACUGAGUGGUGCCGCAGCUAUCAUUUCCAAAACUGCUGCUGCCCCAAUUGAACGAGUGAAGCUUCUUGUUCAAAAUCAAGAUGAGAUGUUAAAGGCAGGACGUCUAGAUACCCCAUACAAGGGUGUUAUCGACUGCACAGCUAGAACGUACAAAGCAGAGGGCUUCCUUUCAUUUUGGAGAGGUAACCUUGCUAAUUGCAUCCGUUACUUCCCAACACAAGCCCUGAACUUUGCAUUCAAAGAUCAGAUAAAGGCUCUUUUCAAACCCAAGAAAACUGAUACAUAUACCAUCAAAUUUAGCAAGAAUAUCGCCUCUGGUGGUGCUGCUGGUGCCAUGUCUCUCUUGUUUGUGUACUCCUUGGAUUACUGCCGAACAAGGUUAGCCAAUGACGCAAAGGCAGGCUCCAAAGGUGGCGAGAGGCAGUUCAAUGGCAUCAUUGACGUGUACCGCAAGACACUGAAGUCAGAUGGUAUUGCUGGUCUAUACAGGGGCUUUGUCAUCUCCUGUGUGGGUAUUGUGGUGUACCGUGGCUUCUACUUUGGUCUCUACGACACCCUGAAGCCAUUGCUGCUGGGCGAGGAUGCUGGUCUCAUCAUGUCAUUUGUCCUUGGGUAUGGUGUAACAGUUUCCGCUGGUUUGAUGUCCUAUCCCAUUGACACCAUCCGUCGUCGUAUGAUGAUGACAUCAGGAGAAGCUGUCAAGUACCGGGGUUCAAUUGAUUGCACAGUCCAGAUUCUCAAGAACGAGGGCUUCAUGUCAUUGAUGAAGGGAGCUGGUGCUAACAUUCUGCGUGGCAUGGCUGGCGCCGGCGUGCUUGCUGGCUUUGACGAGUUCAAGAAGUUGUACAUCAGCAUCCGCUUCAAGGAGUAAAUUUGUGGACUGACAUGUUUGUAGCUGUGAAUUACUGAGUGAAUUGUAACAUUUUUCGUGAUUUUUACAGAUGGGACAAGAUGUGCUUGAGUGCAUGUGUAAUUUGGACUCUUUUGCAAUUUGUACCUGUUUGUUUCUAGUUAUUUUAUGUAAUAAUGUUGGACUGUUUAGUGUGGAAUACGCUGUACAGAGAAUAAUGUCUCUAGUAAUGGAACUGACAUAAAUAAAAAGUAAUGUUAGUACAUUGUCAAGUUAUGCUGUUUUAUGCAUUAUCAUGUCAAGUACAUUGGACAUUUAAACAACAGUGUUCAUAACAGAUUCAAAGAUUCUUGAAAAUUUAUGGCAAUUGGCAAACUAGUUAACCAGACCUGGAAAAAGUAUGGAGCAAAAUAUUUUAAGUCUAGAAAAAAGUGAGACUUGGAGCUGAAACAAGUGUUUGGUGUGAUAAUUUUGUUUGUGAAUUCUGGCCUUAGUCAAAUUUUGUGUAAAUUCUAGCUUGGCCAAAAUGUUCAACUGCAGAUCUAUUCUCUACCCUACAGCUGGCAUAUCUGCCGUCUCCACAAUGCAGCAGUGUUACUGUUUGUAGUGCUAACAGUGCUUUGGGGUUAAAUUUUAGGAAGUGUGCUUGUAGAAGUCUGGACAUUAGGACAUCUUAAAUUUUGUGGACAAAAGUGUCCAUGAAUCCUGUGAACAACACUUCAUUAUUAACAGUAUCUUCCUUUAUGCUACAAUGAAACACUACUGACAGUAGUAACGAUUGAACCCCCCUUGAAUUUUGUAGUGCUUUUUGGGGGGCACUUAUUUGAGGUCUGCACUCUGCAAAGAAUCGUAACAGUGGUAAAUGUUAACAACAAAAUAUGACCUCUUCGAACUGAAAAAAAUUGUAAUCCAAAAGAAUAAAUUUCUGAGGCUGGUGUA